GUUUCCUUCACAGCUCUUUGGUAUCUGCUGUGCUGCUGCUUCACUCUCUCUCUUUACAGAAAGUUGUAGAAGUUUUCAGACGUGUCACUGCUGGAUGUGAGGAUGGGAGCCACUUUGCUCUGUGAGCUGGGCCUAUUCUUGCUCUGUACGCUCCUCUGCACUGGACACACUCAAGAUGCUGUGCUAACUAUUGAACCCAACUGGUCCAGUUUUUUCAUCGGAGAGUUUGUUACCUUCAAAUGUGACAUGAAUGAAGGAAACGACACUGACUGGUAUUACACUUUCAACAAGGAUGGUCAAGGAUUUAUCCUCUACAGUGACUAUAAAGAACACGUAUUAAGUUUUACAUCUACAGGUGACAGUGGUAAAUAUCAGUGUACUGGUCACAGGAUGGGAUCAUCUUAUACAAAGAACAGUAACACCGUCUCUGUAACUGUAUCAGCAUAUAAACCCAGGGCCACACUGACUGCAGGAACAACAAUCAUACCAGUAGGGGGCAGUGUGACACUGACCUGCUCUGUGCAGAGCUCUGAUGGAUGGAAAUAUGAGUGGUUCAGACGAACCCAAACAACCUCUGAAGUUCACAUCAGAGAUCAACAAAACAGAGAUAUCAGAGUAUCUCAAGGAGGAAUCUACAGCUGCAGAGGAACAAGAGGAAACCCAGUUUACUAUACUUAUGACAGUUAUGAUGUCACCAUUGAGAUAACCUUUUCCAAUAAAGUUGUUGUAAAACAACAACCCAACUGGCCUCAGAUAUUCAGAGGAGAGACGAUCACUCUGACAUGUGAGGUGCAGGAAGGAGGUGAAACCACUGAGUGGGAGUAUGAAUGGAGAGGACCCAGCACACCCACACAGUGGACACACAAUAAUGAUGUGACAUUCAGAGUUUCUGAGUCCAGCAGUGGAGACUACAUGUGUAAGAGUCGACGCAGAGAUGACUCAUAUUCUUCAACAGAGUGGAGUGAAGCCUUCACAUUGUCAGGAUCAACAAGUAAACCCAGAGCCACACUGACAGCACAAAGUUCAGUCAUACCAGCAGGGGGCAGUGUGACACUGAGCUGCUCUGUGGAGGGCUCUGCUGGCUGGAAGUUUGACUGGUUCAGACGUGAUUCAGUCUCUUCUAAAGCUCAGCUCAUGAGAGGAAAUGAAGCAAACAGAGUUAUUAGUGUCUCACAAGGAGGUCUGUACCACUGCAGAGGAGGGAGAGGAGAUCCAGUUUACUACACAGAGGACAGCAGUGACGUCACCGUUGUGGAGACUUUUCCCAGUAAGCCCACUGUGACCCUGCAGCCAUCCUGGACUCAGAUAUACAGCGGUGAGACAGUCACUGUCAGAUGUGAGAUUCAGGGAGGUGAAGGAGCUCAGUGGACGUAUGAAUGGAGAGCAGCCAAGUUAAACACACCUCCAACAUCCAAUGAAUACAGAAUCACAGUUACUGAGUCUGACAGUGGAGGAUACAGCUGCCGGGGCAGAAGGGACUAUUUCUUCUCAGAGUGGAGUGAUAUCAUCACACUGACUGUAUCAUAUAAACCAAAGGCCAAACUGAGAGCUGAUAACACAGCUGUUCCAGUAGGGGGCAGUGUGACCCUGACCUGCUCUGUGAAUUCAUCAUCAUCAUCAUCAUCAUCAUCAUCUGGAUGGAAAUACUACUGGUACAGAGAUGAUACCCCAGUGGAUGCUGUCUCCCCAUCAAAUGGACAAAUCAGUGUCUCACAGGAAGGACUCUACAGGUGCAGAGGAGGAAGAGGAAACCCAGUUUACUACACAGAGGACAGCCAAGAAGUUCACAUUAACACAACUGUAACUGUGUCAGGAGCUGACAGCUCUUCAUCUCCUGUGUGGUUGAUUGUUGGACUGGUUUGUGGAGUCUCUCUCAUUAUUAUUCUCCUGCUCUUGUUGUAUCGCUGCAGACAGUCCAAGUGUUCCUGCUUCACCAGGUGGAUCCAGUCUGAGAGUCACAGUCCGGGCUCCUCCACAAAUCAUGGAGUCAACCAGAAUGAAACUCAUGAAUACAACUCUCUUCAUCCUGGUGAUGCUAACCUCUAUGAAUCCAUCACACAAGAGGAAGACACUGGAACUGGUGCAGAUGAACCUCGAGAUCUCACAUACUCUGUUAUUACACUUCAAAACGUUGGAAAGAAGAGGAAGCAUCAUAAACCAGAGCAGAGUGCUGUUUACUCUGAGGUGAAGACGGGAGCUGCAGAGGACAGUCUGAUGUAUGCUGAGGUCAAACAGCCCAAAAAAGAAAAAGCCAAGAAAAACAAAGGAAAAUCAAGUCCUGCAGCUGAUGCAGCAGUUUAUUCUGAAGUCACAUCAGGAAGCUCUCUCAGUCAGUGAGGAGAGCUGUAGCAGCAAAGCCAAGAAGAAGCUUUUUAUGAAGCCACUCUUGCUCCUCUGCUCCCCAAAUAUCAGACAUGCUCAGCUUUAUGUACAGUUACAAUAUUACAUCAUAAUAUCAGACAUAUUGCUGU